AUUUUUUUUAACUGUAUUUUAACUAUUUUUUAAUAGUAAAUACCUUUACUCUCAGCGAUAUAAAUUACAAGACUGGCUACAUUUAUUGAAAAAGUGAAGUUACUUAGAUCCCAAAUUUCCUGAGAUGCUCGGCUUUUGAAAUCAAGUGCUGCUGGUGGUGGACAUAAUUUCAUAAGCUCACUGAAUUCAUCAGCGUUGGAUAGCCAUGGCUCAGAUAAAGCCCAGCAUUGAAGAAGCCGAGAAGAUGAUGAAGAAAGCAGAUAAAUUAACAAAGUUAAGUUUUACAAGGUGGAGUGUUGACUGGAAUAGCGCUACUCUUUUGUAUGAGCAAGCAGCUAUUGCGUUCAGAUUUGCCAAAGAAAAUGCAAAAGCAAAAGAAGCAUUUGAAAAGGCUGCAACAGGUCAAGAGAGGCUCUCAUCACCAUGGCAGGCUGCCAAGCAUUUGGAGUCAGCUGGAGCCUUAGCCAAGGAACUUGAAAACUGGAACGAAGUUGCAGAUUAUUAUAGGAGAGCUUGUGAGUUGUAUACAGAGUGUGGGAAACCACAACCUGCUUCAGAUGCUCUUGCAAGGGGGGCACGUGCCCUGGAGGAUGCUGUACCAGAUGAGGCAGUGCGAAUGUAUAUUGACGCUUGUGGUAUACUUGAAGAUGAAGGCAAGGAACAAAUGGCCUUUGACAUCUAUCGUGAUGCAGCUAACCUUUAUCUGAAGUUGGAAAGAUUUAGUGAUGCAGCAACAAUUCUUUUGAGAUGGGGCUUGGCAGCAGAUAAAACUAAAGCUAUCUAUAGUCAGUGCAAGGCAUAUUUGAGUGCAAUCAUUGUGUAUCUUUAUGCACAUGACUUCAAGCAAGCUGAACAGUGCUAUAAUGAUUGUUCCCAGAUCAAUGCCUUUUCAAAUAGCGAUCAAAAUUAUUGUGCUGAGAAAUUGCUUCAGGCAUACAGAGAAGCUGAUGUUGAAGAUAUCAAGCAUAUAGCUCAAUCAAGCAGCGCCAUCUCUAAUCUUGAUCACAUGAUUAUUAGGCUUGCAAGAAAGCUACCCACCGGCGAUAUGAAUGCAGUUUCUUCAUCUGCUGCUAUAGAUGAAGAGCCUUUUAAUGAGGACGAUAUGACAUAAUAGUGCAUUUUUUAAAGUGGAAGAGCAAAUUUAUGUAGUGGUGGGUAGCUGGAGAUCGCCAUCAUACACGAUAAUUAUAUGCUUUGUACUUCAAGUAAUUGCAUGACCGUGUAUUUUAGAGUUUUGGAAUUGGGUUGUUCAACAUCACAUCGUUAUGUCAACAUAUUCAUGUUUGUAUGAGUGAAUUACUGUUAAUAAUAUAUGUAAAAGAUAUUCAACAUUUUUAUUAAUAGAAUCUGUUUUUUCUUGA